AUGUUUAGUCGACGUUUACGAAACGACGUAGAAACUCCUUUGUAUUACGUAUCAGUUUUAAAAACGUCAAACACUGCUCUGAAGCGGUCUCACGUUUGCGCUUGUUUUCCGCUCAAACGUUGCGGCUCAAAAGCUGCACCCAUCGCGCCAAUAGCUUUCUCAUGCCCAAAAUUUCUUGGAGGAUAUGACAUACGCGGUCUUUUGAGAUACUUACUGUCUCAGCUAUCUCGCGCAGCUUCAGUCAGCGGUCUGCCAAUACGCGAUUUUGGAUUUUUGUCAAGUUAUUCUUCGUGGUAG